AUGUUGGGGAACCAGCGCAUGAUACUGGCCUUGGAUUCAGCUAGCGCAUCAAGCUCUGCCCCUGAUUUGACCCUCUCUGAAGAGCCCCCUUCUGUGAGCAGGAACUGUGUGAUUCAGAGCCUGCAGGUGGCCUGGGCGGCGCAGAAGGGAGGUGGGCAGGUGGUGGAGGGUCUGGUGAAUUGUUACAGCAAGAAGAAGAAUAAGAUCGGCGGUGGUUCGUGGAGUCCUGCAACCAAAUCCUGGGGCUCUGAGAUGGAGGGUGCUGAUGAGAGUGGUGAAGUUGAAGUCAACACGAGCGAGCUCAUCGGUGGGAUCGGCAGGGAGUUGGCGAUUUCAUGCCUGCUCCGUCUUCCCCGGUCUUACUACUAUGAUGUGGCCUGUGUUAAUCGGUCUUUCUACUCCCUUGUGAGGUUCGGGGAGCUUUACAGGUUGAGGCGGGAGGCUGGGAUCGUCGAGCAGAUGAUCUACUGCUCGUGCAAUGUUCUCGAGUGGGAAGGAUUUGAUCCGUGCACAUAG